AGAUCCGCAGAGGGCAGAGAGCAGCCAUGUCUACCACAGCUUCAUGCCCAGGAAACGCGCUGUAUCUGCACCGUCCAGUAGGGAUGGCAUCAGGCACAUGGGGUCACUGAGCCCUCGAGAUGCAGACAGUGCAGCCAGCUUCUGCCAGUGGCCCCGGCUGUGUCCCUGUGCAGAGGGGACACUGCAGCACUCAGGACCCCCGUGGUGGAAGAAGGGGAUAACGAUCCCUGUGCUGCAGGACUAUUGUUUACCUGAGAGAUUUUAUAUAUUAGUAAGUCUAUGACACGCACACGACGUGUGUGGUAUACAGUAGGUGCUCAAUAAAUGCACACUGCUGAAAAUCUGUUUCUGUCUUUCUUAGAUGCACCUGCUUCCCAAGGCCUGAAAGCUGAGCAUCUCUAUAUUCUCAUCGGGGUCUCAGUGGUCUUCCUCCUCUGUCUCCUCCUCCUGGUCCUCUUCUUCCUCCAUCGCCAGAAUCAGAUAAAGCAGGGGCCCCCCAGAAGCAAGGACGAGGAGCAGAAGCCACAGCAGAGGCCCCACCUGACUGUUGAUGUGCUAGAGAGGACAGCAGACGAGGCCACAGUCAAUGGACGUCCUGAGAAGGACAGAGAGACGGACACCUCGGCCCCGGCUGCAGGGAGUUCGCAGGAGGUGACGUAUGCUCAGCUGGACCAUUGGGCCCUCACACGGAGGACAGCCCAGGCUGUGCCCCCACAGUCCACAGAGCCCAUGGCUGAGUCCAGCAUGUAUGCAGCCAUUGCCAGACACUGAGCACCUGGCCUCUGCACCUGCGGAUAGAAAGUCACUCUAGGAAAAGCCUGAAGCAGCCAUGUGGAAGGCUUCCCCUUGGGCUCAUCCUCGUCUGGAAAGCCAGCCAGGCAGCUGUCGCUGGGAACAAGAGCUGGAGACUGGAGAUUUCUAACCCAGCAUCCAGAAGGUUCCCUUAGCCAGGUUGGUCCCUUCUACAAUUGAGCAGUUCCUUGGAACAGACUGUUUCUCCAGUUAUUU